AUGGCUGCUCGUCCCUCCAACAUCGGCAUCAAGGCCAUUGAACUCUACUUCCCCAGCCAGUGCGUUGACCAGACUGAGCUCGAGAAGUUCGAUGGCGUCUCCGCAGGCAAGUACACUAUUGGUCUCGGCCAGACCAAGAUGUCCUUUUGCGACGAUCGCGAGGACAUUUACUCUCUCGCCCUGACCACCGUCACCUCCCUCUUCAAGAAGUACAAAAUCGACCCCAAGGACAUUGGCCGCCUCGAGGUCGGCACGGAGACGCUGCUUGACAAGUCCAAGUCUGUCAAGUCCGUUCUCAUGCAGCUGUUCGAAGAAUCUGGCAACUACAACGUUGAGGGUAUCGACACUGUCAAUGCAUGCUAUGGAGGAACAAACGCCCUUUUCAACUCGGUCAACUGGAUCGAGUCGUCGGCAUGGGACGGCCGUGACGCUAUCGUCGUCGCAGGAGAUAUUGCGCUUUACAAGAAGGGUGCUGCCCGCCCCACUGGUGGAGCUGGAUGCGUGGCCAUGCUCGUUGGUCCCAACGCGCCCCUCGUCAUGGAUGCCGGCCAACGCGGUUCUUAUGUUAGGCACACAUACGACUUCUACAAGCCUGACCUUAAGAGCGAGUACCCCAUCGUCGAUGGUCAUUUCUCCCUUCGCUGCUACACUGAGGCAGUAGAUGCCUGCUACAAGGCUUACAACGAGCGCGAGAAGACUCUCAAGGCACGCCAAAAUGGCAAUGGCGUCAACGGAAGCAGCCACGAGCUCGAGACUCCUCUGGACAGGUUCGACUACAUGGCUUUCCAUGCGCCAACCUGCAAGCUUGUCGCCAAGUCAUACGCACGUAUGCUUUACAACGACUACCUUGUCAACCCCACCAACCCUCUCUUUGCCGAGGUUCCCGCUGAGCUCCGCGACCUCGACUAUGCCACUUCCAUCAGCGACAAGACUGUCGAGAAGACAUUCAUGGGUCUUGCCAAGAAGCGCUUCGCUGCCCGCGUCCAGCCUAGCAUCCAGGUCCCAACCGAGUGCGGCAACAUGUACUGUGGCAGCGUCUACGGUAGCUUGUGCAGUGUACUCGCCAAUGUCAACAGCCAAGAUCUGCAGGGCAAGCGCAUUGGCCUGUUCAGCUACGGAAGUGGUCUGGCCUCGUCCCUGUUCUCCUUCACUGUCAGGGGCAGCACCGAGAACCUUACUAAGCAGCUUGACAUUCACAACCGCCUUGCCAACAGGCGCGUAGUAGCCCCCGAGGUUUACGAUGAGAUGUGCAACCUCCGUGAGCAGGCCCAUUUGCAAAAGGACUACACUCCCAAGGGUAACCCCGAGACCAUUUCAUCCGGUGUUUACUACCUCACCGGUGUUGACAGCAUGUUCCGCCGCUCCUACACUAUCAAGGAGUAA